UAACAAAAUAAAACCCUUAGCGAUGGUAAAGCUAAUGCUAAAUCUUGUGAUUCUGAGCCUGCUGCUAAGCUCUGCAUUGGCACUCAAUCAAACGUUGAUGGAAAUUCGAAAGAGUAUUUGCUUGGAACCUAGUUCAUAUGGCAGCUGCAAGGAAAGGCAGUUGCGAUUCCAUUACGAUGCCUUGUCCAACUCUUGCAAUGCGUUCUACUAUAGUGGCUGCGGUGGCACACAAAAUCGUUUUGAAAGUCAAACACAAUGCUGGGACUACUGCAUGGACCCGGAAAUCACUUACGAAAUUUAGUAGGAGUUCUGCAUGUUGAAUAGGAACAAUUGAAUUAUAUUUUGCUUUGAAUUCUUAAGCUAGA